AGACAGGCUACUAAGGAUGCUGGCAGAAUUGCUGGUCUUGAUGUUCUUCGUAUCAUCAACGAGCCCACUGCUGCUGCUUUAGCUUACGGCUGUGAUAAGAAUGAGGGUCAGACUAUUGCCGUAUAUGAUCUCGGUGGAGGCACCUUUGAUAUAUCCAUUUUGGAGAUCUCUGGCGGUGUGUUUGAGGUCAAGGCCACUAACGGUGACACUUCUCUCGGUGGUGAGGAUUUCGAUAGGGUCAUUCUCAAGCACUUGAUCGAUGAGUUCAAGAAGCAACAAGGCAUCGAUCUGGGGCAAGACCGUAUGGCAUUGCAGAGGUUGAAGGAGGCCGCUGAGACUGCCAAGAUUGAGCUUUCCAGCAAGGUUCAGACUGAGAUCAACUUGCCCUUCAUCACUGCUGAUGCCUCGGGUCCUAAGCAUUUGCAGAUGACAUUGAGCCGUGCUCAGUUGGAGGGGCUCACUGCUGACCUCUUGAGCAAGACCAAGGCCCCCUGUGAGGCUUGUCUUCGAGAUGCUGGUCUUAAGAAGGAUGAGCUGAGUGAAGUCAUCCUUGUUGGUGGCAUGACUCGUAUGCCUGCCGUCUCGGAGGUUGUGAAGAAGCUGUAUGGUAAGGAGCCCCAUAAGGGUGUGAACCCGGAUGAAGCUGUGGCUAUGGGUGCUGCUAUUCAAGCUGGUGUUCUCAAGGGAGAU